CUCGAUCCGCCUUCCCCGCGCCGUCCUAGUCACGGCCCCGCGGGGCAGCCAUGCCUGGCCGUCUGCUGCGGGGCCUGUGGCAGCGAUGGCGCCGUUACAAGUACCGCUUCGUUCCCUGGAUCGCACUGAACCUAAGCCACAACCCGAGGACCCUCCGAUAUGUUCCAGAGGAAUCCAAAGACAAAGUUAUCUCAGAUGAAGAUGUCCUAGGAACAUUACUGAAAGUUUUCCAGGCUCUAUUCUUAAAUGAUUUCAAUAAACAAUCAGAAAUCUUGACUAUGCUUCCAGAAUCUAUUAAAUCAAAAUAUCAAGACCUACUGGCAGUUGAACAUCAAGGGGUGAAACUGCUUGAAAACAGACAUCAACAGCAAAGUACCUUUAAACCAGAAGAAAUUCUUUACAAGACUUCGGGUUUCAGUGUUGCCCAAGCAACUAGCUCAUUGAUUUCUGCUGGAAAAGGUGUCUUCGUUACUAAAGGAUUGGUACCAAAAGGCGCAGUCGUAUCUAUGUAUCCUGGUACAGUAUAUCAGAAGUAUGAGCCAAUCUUUUUCCAGUCCAUUGGAAAUCCGUUUAUUUUUAGAUGCCUGGAUGGGGUACUCAUUGAUGGGAAUGACAAAGGGAUAUCGAAAGUUGUGUACAGAUCUUGCAAUGGGAGGGAUCGACUUGGCCCUUUAAAAAUGAGUGAUAGUACAUGGCUAACGUCAGAAAUUCAUAACCCUCUGGCUGUGGGACAGUAUGUCAACAAUUGUUCCAAUGACAGAGCAGCUAAUGUCUGUUAUCAGGAAUUUGAUGUGCCUGCAGUUUUCCCUAUAGAACUGAAGCAAUACCUUCCAAACAUUGCCUACAGCUAUGACAAACAAAGCCCACUUCGAUGUGUUGUUCUUGUCGCACUUAGGGACAUCAAUCAAGGAGAAGAGCUUUUUUCAAACUACUACACAAUUGUCAGCUAACUCUGUGAAUCAGAAAUUAUUAGGUUUUCUACUCAGCUAUUAAUUCUAAGUGUUUUUUGUUAAUCACUUCUCUGAGUUCUACCUGUAAAACAAAUAUUUUGAGACUUAAUUGGAAUAGGAAUUUCUUAUGUUUUUGUUGGUAUUAUAUUUAUGUUCCAAGUUCAUGAUAAAAGCUACUUGCUUCAUUACAAUUUCAAAUUUGUAAUGCAAUUCCAAUUUUAAUUGGUUUUCACCUAAAUACACAAUAGCUUAUUAAAUUAAAACCUACUCUUUGAACUUAUAAUUUCAAUUUUUCUUUUGUUUAUUUUGUAAGCUCUGUGGUGGUUUAUAAAAUUCUAGCCAGGCAUCAGCAGUUCUGUAGUACUGCAGAUGUGUACAAACUUCUGUAAAAACUUUAUUUUUACAGAAUUGAGUAAAAAAUAUCUAUUGUGUUGCCAUGA